AUGAGUGGUUUACGCAAUACCAUGAAGGGUGGUUGGCACCCGGAAGGCAAGGGGGGUGGAAAGGAGAGCUGGCGUGGUGAUUUUAAAGGUGUUAACCAAGUGGCUGGGUGGAUGGGAAAGGGCAAGGAAACUGACUCCUCUGGCUCUGGUUCUGGACAGACGUCUGGCCAAACCUCUGAGUCACAAGGGGGAGGUAUCAGAAACUCCGUGUCUGGGUGGAUGGCAAAGGGCAAGGAAGGUGAAUCCUCUAGCUCUAAACAGGGCUCCUCGUCAUCAGGGGGUAUCAGGGGCCAUGUGACCCAUCUUCCUUCGGCCCCCCCUCCCAAACAUGUCAAUUACCAUGGAGCAGCCGCGGUGCCGAAUCAGACAACGCCUGACCGCCAUGGUCUGGGAGCUCCAUUGUCCCAGGAUCAGAUAAAAGCCCAGGAAUCCUAUCAACGAGAAGUAGCUGAAGCAGAGGAGGAACAGUUGGAAAAGCCCGCCCCGCCUCCGAUCCCGUAUCGCGUCGACACAAGCGGUCUUUCUACAAACCAUCUCCCUCCACCACCAGUGCGGCGGGUGGACUCGGCAAGUUCUGCCUCCACAAUCUCAAUCUCAAAAUCAAAACCACCAAAGCCUCCACCACGGCUUCCUGCCCGCAAUGGAUCCCCCAGCUCUGACACGCCCCCGGCUUAUUCACCUGCGCCAGUAAUCUCCCACGAUUAUAUCAACCAAGAUGCCACGUCCCGCCUAGCAAGCGCGGGUGUCUCGGUUCCUGGAUUUGGGAUCGGUCAGGAGAAAUCUCCGUCGCCUGCACAUACGCCUGUCAAUGAACUGCAGUCACGAUUCUCUCAGAUGAACACCUCGGGAUCUCCAUCGAUACCCACCCGCCCUGCUCAGCCCUCGACUAACAUCGGGCCGCAGCAUGCAAGCAGCAAAUCUUCUCUCCAGAGCUUCCGCGAGCAGCACGCAGGCACCAUUGAGUCAGGAAAACAGAAAUAUGGUGACUUCCGUGAGCGUCACGCGGACUCAAUCGAUUCAGGCAAACAGAAGCUGGGUGGUUACGCGUCGCGAUUCACUGGGUCUUCUCCAGCAGCACCUAGCCCACCCGCCCGGACCGCGUCUAAUCAUUCUAGUAUGAACUUGGAACCGGCGGAGCCCGCGCGGGGCACAUCAUCCGUGCAAGAUUUCCGUGAACGCCAUGCCGACAAGAUCGAGAUGGGUAAAGAGAAGUGGGGUGGAGUCACAUCGCGCUUUAACACAUUUGUGGAGGAGCGCAAGUUCUCCGCCGAUGCCAACAAACGAAUUCCUCGCCCGCCUGCUCGUCCCAUCUCCAUGGCCAAGCCAAACCCUCCAGCGUCACCUACAGAGCCCGAUAUCCAGACUCAAGCCCAACGCAAGAAGGCCCCUCCGCCUCCACCCAAGCGGGCUGAAUUUCGUGCAUCUCCUGUUGACGCUUCAUCCCCAUCACUUCCGGGGCCCCCUCCCAUUCCUCAUGGUACCAAGCCCCGUUAA